AUGUUCAGGCGUCGGGACUACGUGGAGCUGUAUGAGCAGGACCAGGCCAAAUGGGCUCUGAUACGCAACGUGAACACUGCCACCAAACAGAGCACCCUGCUGCCGGGCGACUAUGUCUGGUUGGACCUGAAGACCGGUCGAGAGUUCGAGGUGCCGAUCGGUGCCGUGGUCAAACUCUGUGACUCAGGACAGAUCCAGGUGCUGGACGAUGAGGGAAAUGAGCACUGGAUCUCCCCCCAGAAUGCCACCAACAUUAAACCAAUGCACCCGACCUCCAUCCACGGGGUGGAGGACAUGAUCCGGCUGGGAGACCUCAACGAAGCUGGGAUUCUGCGGAACCUGCUCAUCAGAUACAGAGAAAAGCUCAUAUACACGUACACCGGCUCCAUCCUGGUGGCCGUCAACCCGUACCAGCUGCUGCCCAUCUACACCGCCGACCAGAUCCGCCUCUACACCAACAAGAAGAUCGGAGAGUUGCCGCCUCACAUCUUUGCCAUCGCAGACAACUGCUACUUCAACAUGCAGAGGAACAACCGCGACCAGUGCUGCAUCAUCAGUGGUGAGUCUGGAGCAGGGAAGACAGAAAGCACCAAGCUGAUCCUUCAGUUCCUGGCAGCCAUCAGUGGUCAACACUCCUGGAUAGAACAACAGGUCCUAGAGGCCAAUCCUAUACUAGAAGCUUUUGGAAAUGCUAAAACUAUCCGCAAUGACAACUCCUCUCGUUUUGGAAAGUACAUCGACAUCCACUUCAACAAGAGAGGAGCCAUCGAAGGAGCCAAGAUAGAACAGUACCUGCUGGAGAAGUCCAGAGUGUGUCGACAGGCCUUCGACGAGAGGAACUACCACAUCUUCUACUGCAUGUUGAGAGGGAUGACCCCAGAGGAGAAGAAGAGGCUGGGCCUGAGCAAAGCUACAGACUACACCUACCUGACCACGGGAAAGUGCACAGUGUGUGACGGGCGAGACGACUUGAAGGAAUACUCCAACAUCCGCUCGGCCAUGAAGGUUCUGAUGUUCACAGACAAAGAGAACGGGGAGAUCUCUAAACUGCUGGCUGCUAUUUUACACAUGGGGAACCUCAGAUAUGAAGCUCGGACAUACGACAACCUGGACGCCUGUGAGGUCGUCCGAUGUCCUCACCUCACCACUGCUGCUACACUGCUGGAGGUGGACAGUAAGGACCUGAUGAACUGUAUCACCAGUCGGACUCUGAUCACCAGAGGAGAAACCGUCUCCACUCCUCUCAGUAUCGAACAAGCUCUGGACGUACGAGACGCUUUCGUGAAGGGUAUCUAUGGACGUUUGUUUGUGUGGAUUGUGGAGAAGAUCAACGCUGCCAUCUACAAGCCUCCAUCAUCACAGCCCAAAUAUAUCAGACGCUCCAUCGGACUCUUGGACAUCUUCGGCUUUGAGAACUUUACUGUCAACAGCUUCGAGCAGCUCUGCAUCAACUUCGCCAACGAGAACCUGCAGCAGUUCUUCGUGCGUCACGUCUUCAAGCUGGAGCAGGAGGAGUACAACCUGGAGAACAUCAACUGGCAGCACAUCGAGUUCACCGACAACCAGGACGCCCUGGACAUGAUCGCCAUCAAACCCAUGAACAUCAUCUCGCUCAUCGACGAGGAGAGCAAGUUCCCCAAGGGCACCGACACCACCAUGUUGAACAAACUGAACUUUCAGCACAAGCUCCACGCAAACUACAUCCCUCCGAAGAACAACUACGAGACUCAGUUUGGAAUCCAGCACUUUGCAGGAGUGGUGUUCUACGAGACGAGAGGCUUCCUGGAAAAGAACAGAGACACUUUAUACGGAGACAUCAUCCAGCUGGUUCACUCGUCCAAGAACAAGUUCAUCAAGCAAAUCUUCCAGGCUGAUGUCGCCAUGGGAGCAGAGACCAGGAAGCGCUCGCCCACUCUGAGCAGUCAGUUUAAAAGAUCCCUGGAGCUGCUGAUGAGGACUCUGAGCGUCUGUCAACCGUUCUUCGUUCGCUGCAUCAAACCCAACGAAUACAAGAAAUCCAUGUUAUUUGACAGGGAUCUGUGUGUGCGUCAGCUGAGGUACUCUGGGAUGAUGGAGACCAUUCGUAUCCGUCGAGCAGGAUAUCCCAUCCGCUACACCUUUGUGGAAUUUGUCGAUCGCUACAGGGUCCUAAUGCCCGGAGUCAAACCGGCGUAUAAACAGGAGGACCUGAGGGGAACGUGUCACAGGAUCGCGGUGGCGGUGCUCGGCCGAGACGACGACUGGCAGAUGGGAAAGACAAAGAUCUUCCUCAAGGAUCAUCACGACAUGCUGCUGGAGAUCGAGAGGGACAAGGCCAUCACUGACAAGGUCAUCCUCAUCCAGAAGGUGGUUCGAGGCUUCAAGGACAGGUCGAACUUCCUGAAGAUGAGGAAGUCGGCCGUGUUCAUCCAGAAAACAUGGAGAGGAUAUCACUGCAGGAAGAACUAUGGAGCUAUGCGAGCCGGCUUCUCUCGCCUGCAGGCUCUGGUUCGCUCCAGGAAGCUGUGUGCGUCCUAUCACGUGGCCCGGCAGCGGAUCACGGGCUUCCAGGGCCGCUGCCGGGGGUUCCUGGUGCGCCGGGCCUUCAGGCACCGGCUGUGGGCCGUCAUCACCAUCCAGGCCGGCACCAGAGGCAUGAUCGCCCGGCGGCUGUACAAGAGGCUGAAGGGAGAGUACCGCAGGAGGCUGGAGGCCGAGAAGAUGCGUCUCGCUGAAGAAACCAAACUGAGGAACCAGAUGUCUGCGAAGAGAGCGAAGGCCGAGGCCGAGCGCAAUCACAAAGAGCGUCUGGCCAAGCUGGCCAAAGAGGACGCGGAGCGGGAGAAGAAGGAGAAGGAGGAGGCUCGGAGGAAGAAGGAGAUGGUGGAGCAGAUGGAGAAAGCUCGUCUGGAGCCCGUCAACGACUCGGACCUGGUGGACAAGAUGUUCGGCUUCCUGGGGACCACCAACUCUUUCCCGGGGCAGGAGGGACAAGCUCCUGCCGGCUUCGAGGACCUGGAGCGAAGCCAUCAAGAGCUGGAGGUGGAGGACCUGGACGAAGCUCUUCCUCUGCCUGAGGACGAUGAUGAAGAAGAUCUGUCGGAGUACAAGUUCGCCAAGUAUGCCGCCACCUACUUCCAGGGCAGCACCACUCACACCUACGUCCGCCGACCUCUCAAGCAGCCGCUGCUCUUCCACGACGACGAGGGAGACCAGCUGGCUGCUCUGGCGGUGUGGAUCACAGUGCUGAGGUUCAUGGGAGAUCUGCCGGAGCCCAAGUACCACACGGCCAUCAGCGACGGGAGCGAGAAGAUCCCGGUCAUGACCAAGAUCUACGAGACGCUGGGAAAGAAGACGUACAAGAGGGAGCUGCAGGCGCUGCAGGGGGAGGGGGAGACGCCUCCGGCCGACGGCCACAAGAAGAACAGCGUCCGACACAAACUGGUGUCGCUCACUCUGAAGAAGAAAUCCAAGAUCACUGAGGAGGUCACCAAGCGCCUGAACGAUGGGGAGUAUGGUGUCACUGGGAACAGCAUGCUGGAGGACCGGCCCACCUCCAACCUGGAGAAGCUUCACUUCAUCAUCGGGAACGGGAUCCUGAGACCAGCGCUGAGGGAUGAGAUCUACUGUCAGAUCUGUAAGCAGCUGAGUCAGAACCCGUCUAAGAGUUCUCACGCUCGAGGCUGGAUCCUCAUCUCUCUGUGCGUCGGCUGCUUCGCCCCGACAGAGAAGUUUGUCAAGUACCUGAGGAACUUCAUCAGCAGCGGUCCUCCAGGUUACGCUCCGUACUGCGAGGAGAGGCUGAGACGGACGUUCGCUAACGGGACGAGAACACAACCUCCGUCCUGGCUGGAGCUGCAGGCCACCAAGUCGAAGAAGCCCAUCAUGCUGCCGGUGACGUUCAUGGACGGCACGACCAAGACGCUGCUGACCGACUCGGCCACCACGGCCAAGGAGCUGUGCAUCGCCCUGUCGGACAAGAUCAGCCUGCGGGACCGCUUCGGCUUCUCCCUGUACAUCGCUCUGUUUGACAAGGUGUCCUCUCUAGGCAGCGGGAACGACCAUGUGAUGGACGCCGUGUCGCAGUGCGAGCAGUACGCCAAGGAGCAGGGGGCCCAGGAGAGGAACGCCCCCUGGAGGCUGUUCUUCAGGAAGGAGAUCUUCACGCCCUGGCACUGCCCCAGCGACGACCUGGUCGCCACCAACCUCAUCUACCAGCAAACUGUGAGGGGCGUCAAGUUCGGAGAAUACCGCUGCGACAGGGAGGACCUGGCGGAACUGGCCUCUCAGCAGUACUACGUGGACUACGGCUCAGAGAUCCUUCUGGAGCGGCUGCUCAGCCUCAUCCCCUCCUACAUCCCCGACAGAGAGAUCAGCCCCUCCAGGACCGUGGAGAAAUGGGCCCAUUUCAUCAUGGCUGCCCACAAAAAGGGCAUCUACACCCAGAAGAGGUUUGACCCUCAGAAGGUGAAGGAGGAGGUGGUCGACUUCGCUCGUCACAAGUGGCCUCUGCUCUUCUCUCGAUUCUACGAAGCCUUCAAAUUCUCAGGUCCCAGUUUGCCUAAAAACGACCUGAUCGUGGCCGUCAACUGGACCGGAGUUUAUUUUGUAGACGAGCAGGAGCAGGUCCUGUUAGAACUCUCCUUCCCAGAAAUCAGUGCGGUGUCCAGCAGCAGCGGAGGGAAGCUGCAGGGUCAGAGUUUCACGUUGGCGACCAUCAAAGGUGAAGAGUACACGUUCACCUCCAACAACGCAGAGGACAUCCGGGACCUGGUGGUGACCUUCCUGGAGGGCCUGAGGAAGAGGUCAAAGUUCGUGGUGGCGCUACAAGACAACCCCAGCCCCACUGGGGAGGAGUCCACGUUCCUCAGCUUCCUGAAGGGAGACCUGAUCCUGUUGGACCAGGACACCGGCGAGCAGGUCCUCAACUCUGGUUGGGCGCACGGCGUCAACGAGCGGACCAAUCAGAGAGGAGAUUUCCCAGCUGACUGCAUCUAUGUCCUGCCCACCAUGGCUCGACCGCCACAGGAAGUCGUGGCACUGGUGACCAUGACACCGGACCAGCGACAGGAGUCGGUUCGUGUGUCACAGCUCGUUCUGCCCGAGAGUGACGACAGAAUGAAACCCUACACACUGGAGGAGUUCUCCUACGACUACUUCAGGCCUCCUCCCAAACACACCCUGAGCAGAGUGAUGGUCACUAAGAAUCGUGGGAAGGACAAACUGUGGAGCUGCACCAGGGAGCCGCUCAAACUGCCGCUGCUGAAGAAGGUGGUGAACCACGAGGAGCUGAGUCAGGACGCCUGCAUGUCCUUCAUCGCGGUGAUGAAGUACAUGGGCGACUACCCGUCCAAACGCACGCGCUCCGUCAACGAGCUGACGGACCAGAUCUUUGAGGGAGCGCUGAAGGCCGAACCUCUGAAGGACGAGAUCUACUGUCAGAUCCUCAAGCAGCUGACUGACAACCACGUCAAGUACAGUGAGGAGAAAGGCUGGGAGCUGCUGUGGUUGUGCACUGGUUUGUUUCCUCCCAGUAACGUGCUGCUGCCUCACAUCCAGCGCUUCCUGCAGUCGAAGAGACACCACCCGCUGUCUGGAGACUGUAUGCAGAGGCUGCACAAAGCUCUACGUAACGGAUCCAGGAAGUACCCCCCCCACCUGGUGGAGGUGGAGGCGAUCCAACACAAAACAACGCAGAUCUUCCACAAGGUCUAUUUCCCCGAUGACACAGAUGAGGCGUUCGAGGUGGAGUCCAGCACCAAGGCCAAGGACUUCUGUCAGAACAUCUCCACCCGGCUGCUGCUCAAAGCUCCGGAAGGCUUCAGCCUCUUCGUCAAGAUCUCAGACAAGGUGAUCAGUGUUCCAGAGGGAGAUUUCUUCUUUGACUUUGUCCGACAUUUAACCGACUGGAUCAAGAAGUCUCGUCCGGUGAAAGACGGUGUCGUCCCCUCUCUGACCUACCAGGUGUUCUUCAUGAAGAAGCUUUGGACCACCACAGUUCCAGGGAAGGACUCCUUCGCAGAUUCCAUCUUCCACUACUACCAGGAGCUGCCUAAAUACUUGCGUGGCUACCACAAGUGUUCCCGAGAAGAGGUUUUCCAACUGGCAGCGCUCAUCUACCGCGUCAAGUUCGAAGACGACAAAUCUCACUUUCCUACAAUUCCCAAGAUGCUUCGGGAGCUGGUUCCUCAGGACCUGAUUCGCCAGAUGUCCCCGGACGACUGGAAAAGAUCUGUGGUGGCGUACUUCAACAAGCAGGCCGGUAAAUCCAGGGAAGAGGCCAAACUGAUGUUCCUGAAGAUUAUCUACAAAUGGCCGACCUUUGGCUCCGCCUUCUUCGAGGUCAAGCAAACCACAGAACCCAACUUCCCAGAGAUCCUGCUGAUCGCCAUCAACAAGCAGGGAGUCAGUCUCAUCGACCCCAAGACCAAGGACAUCCUGAUCACACACCCCUUCACCAAGAUCUCCAACUGGAGCAGUGGGAACACCUACUUCCACAUCACCAUCGGGAACCUGGUCAGAGGAAGCAAACUGCUGUGUGAGACCUCACUGGGUUACAAGAUGGACGACCUCUUGACCUCUUACAUCAGUCAGAUGCUGUCCUCCAUGAACAAGCAGCGCUCUGGGCGGGGCCACAGCAAGUGAACUUCUUACUGGCAGGAGGCCGCUGAGCUCGUCCGGCUCUUGCGCCCUAUAGGCCAGCACUGCAGCUGGGGGCGGACCUUCGCCCACCAGCUGUGGAGGAUGAGCCGCAGUCCUUCUAACAGCUCCCAAGGGUCAAAGGUCUCCGUGGAGAGUUCGGCCGUCAGCAGCGAGGACCCCGGAGAAGGCCCCAGCAACUAUGACCCCCGCAAACACAACUACGACGAGGACGAGCCGUCCAGCGAGGACGACUACCUGUAACACACCUCUCCGUCCAGCAGGUGGCAGACCUGAGACAAACACAGCAGUCAGUCCUGCCGCCAUGUGUCCAUCGUUCUUCUGCCAAGUUCAGAGGACAGGGUUCCUGUGCAGGUCCGGACACAAGAGGUCACACUCGACAUCAUCUUUCACCAGGAGACCCCCGACUAGUGCGUCUGUUGUGUAAACCACCCUCACCACAUCCUCUUCUCUGAUUGGCUGUAGUUGUCUGCGACUCCUCUUAAUAUUUAGUCUUUUAGUCUUUGAAGAGUUCCAUGUAACAUCUGUCGACUGCCGAUCAAACGCUGAUUUAGCUGAUUUUGAGUCGGAGUGGAAAUCCGUUAGAAAGUUGCAGCGCCUCCAUGUUGAAGCCGUCUUCACUGUCUCACGUGCUGCUUAAACAUAUUCACAUGUUCCAGUGAGGGCGACCUCCUCUGAGGGAGUGAUCAUGUGAUCAGGUGUGGAAAGAACCAGGCUCAACUUUCUGUGAUUGAAAGUCGAGUUAAAGAUUUCGGGCUGUAGCUCCACAUCGUCUCAGAUCACAGGUUUCUCUGCUCCGCCCUCGAACUGGGACUGAAGAACCAGUUGUGGAGAGAAACUCUCCAGUGACACCAGCAUGUCAACGAGGUUCCUGCAGCGUUUACAAAAUUACAAAUCUUCUCAGAAGUUACUGAAAAGCCUUAAAUUUAACUCUUUAAGGUUUUAAGCGUUUUCUCUCGGCGGCUGUGAACUUAACUGUUAGUUAUGAUUGAAAUGAACAGUCAGCCACAUCAAGGGAUUUAUUAUUUUACUAAGAAUUACUGUUAACUGGGAAAUCUGAUCAAUUAAACUUAAUGAAUGAUUGUCCCUAAUGGUUUUACAUCUUUAGCAAUAUGAUUGUAUAAAAAACAGAAAUGGUAUUAAAAAGCUCUUACAUUUAAUUUGAAAAGUUAAAAUGCACGUUAACAUAUGAUCAUAAUAACUUUUUAAAGAUUCUCAACAUUCCGGCCUCUAAGCUGCAGACAGAUAUUAUUGCUCCUGUGUUGGUGCAUCUUAAAACUGACAAAGUUUUAAAAGGUUAAAGGUUUUUUUGUCGUCUGAACCUUCUUCAGUGUUGAUCUGUGCAGAAUAUGAUUUCCAGUGAUGUGAAGCUCCCCCUGUCUGCGACUCACUGAAUUACACCUGUACCUGAUGUUUAUGGCCUAAACUGUGUGUAACCCUGUGUGUUUUCUAAUCCAUGGUUUUUGUUUACAUCUCUUUUGUUUAAUGUUGUUUAAUAUUAUCAGAUUUUAAUUUUUUCUAAUUUAAUUUCAUGCCUUAAUUGUUUAUUUAUGUAGAAACAACAUCACCCAGCAUCCAGUGGGGUGCAGCUGCUGUUUCUAUGGGGCUUCUCUAAUAUUCAUGUCAGGCUACUUUAGCUAUUAAUGUCUCUAAGCAGCUAAAAAAGUUCAUAACAUGAGUUAAAUCGUCUUUUAUCAAAAUACUGUCAUGAUCACAGUCCAAUAGUUGUUGAUUUUGGAAGUUAUUACAAAUGUCAUUUGUCUUUUGACACGUUGAAGUUCGUGGAUGAACACUGUGCACUUCAAAAAGGGAAAGUUCAAAGUUAUUUACAGAGAUGUUAAGAAUGAUCUGUUUACAUGGAAAGUGUAAAAUCCUCAGUGUGACUAAAUAAAAACUAACUUUGUAGAAAUAGACUCACUGAAGGAGCCACACCUCGGCUGAGCAGGAAGUGAAUGAAUCUGUGUCUGAACCUCAGGGUCUGAAUCCAGUAAUUCAUGAGGGAUAUUGAGAAGUCAAAGUAAAUCACCUUCCAGAUGUGGAUGGAUCCUGGGCUGGGGUUUGAAGCGUUGCUUAAAGUUCAAAUGUUUAAAUUGACUCAAAUGUUUUUCUUGUAUUAAUGUAUUGUUAAAGAUAACCACUGAUGAAUUUAUCUUUGAGCUAAUUUGAAUUAAGACUUUAAGUGGUACUUUGCAUAAAGAUUUCCUAAUCUUCAAUAGGAUUGUUGUUGUUUUUGUUGAAAGUUUCUGUCAUUUCACAACAAAACAAUAACUUUAAAUGAGAUCCCAGAAGACAGAAUAUGUAAAAGCAGAAAAACAAGUUGAACGAUGACUUCACGGUCCCAGUGUCUGUCCACUUGAGGACUCGUCUCCUUCCAAGGCUGCAUUGACAACAACUGGAUUAGUUCAUAUACAACAGAUUUGGUUUUUCCACAGUUAAACUUCAGUAAACAUCAGUUGGUUUAAAUCAAUCAACUCGUGUUAUGUUUUAAGUUAUUUUAAAAUUCUAAUCCUGUAGAACUAUGUCAUCAGUAGUAUAACGUUUUGCUGGUGCAGGUAAAGACUUGUAAGUUUGGUCGUUAACAAUUAAUCUUCAUUUGAUUUAAACGUGUUCAUGUGAUGAAUCAAAUCAUUUAUUUGAUAUAAAGAUUUACACCGUUUGUCUUAUUUUCCUUUGUGUGUUUGUGCUCAGUGAAAACUCUGCCUUGUGAGAAAGAUUAAAAAAUGAGUUCACACGAUGAAAACUUCUUUAACUUUCACUGGAGGUUUCACUUGUAUCAAAAAUACAUAGACUGGGAUUUGAACUGUGCCAAUGGUUUCAUCUGAAACCUUCAUGUUGUUCAGGUUGUUGUCUUUUUUCUGGACUGAUGCAAACGUGUGUUGUUUGGUGUUGUGUUGUAUUUGAGUUGGUUUGUUAGAUUUAGUUUUGACUCUUGUCUGAGAAAUGUUCUCACUUUUGUAUGAAACAUUAACUUGUUGUGACUUUACUGAUAUAAAUGAAAUAAUUUUGGGUUAUUGUGUUACUUGUUUAAUUGUGAGUUGUGUGUCAUAUCGUUGUCCUGAUCAAUCAUCACUUGAAUAAUUGAUUUAACAAGUUUUUGUCCAAAUACAUCUUCAAUAAAAAGUAACAAUUA